AUACGGAAGUGGUCGUCAUCGCGGCGGCACCGGUGGGAUCUGGGCGCGGGGCUCGGAGUGCGGCCGGCGAGCCGGCGGACGGACGGUGGAGGCCUUGCACCCGGCGGCGGCGGCGUUGUCGGUUGGGUGCGAGUGCGAGUCCGCUGAACAGGCGAGCGGCCUCUCAGUCCUUUUUCUUAUUCGUAGAGUCCGGGAGUCGGGGCCCGCUCAGCCGGCGUCACCAUGACCAAGGCCGGCAGCAGGGGCGGGAGCCUCCGCGACAAGCUGGACGGCAAUGAACUGGACCUGAGCCUCGGCGAUCUGAACGAGGUCCCCGUAAAGGAGCUGGCUGCCCUCCCAAAGGCCACCAUACUGGACCUGUCUUGCAAUAAACUGACCACUCUGCCGUCGGAUUUCUGUGGCCUCACACACCUGGUGAAGUUGGACCUGAGUAAGAACAAACUGCAGCAGCUGCCAGCGGACUUUGGCCGACUGGUCAACCUCCAGCACUUGGAUCUCCUCAACAACAGGCUGGUCACCCUGCCUGUCAGCUUUGCUCAGCUCAAGAGCCUGAAGUGGCUGGACUUGAAGGAUAACCCCCUGGAUCCUGCGCUGGCCAAAGUGGCAGGUGACUGCUUGGAUGAGAAGCAGUGUAAGCAAUGUGCAAACAAGGUAUUACAGCACAUGAAGGCUGUGCAGGCCGACCAGGAGCGAGAGAAGCAGCGGCGGCUGGAAGUGGAACGAGAGGCAGAGAAGAAACGGGAGGCUAAGCAGCGAGCCAAGGAAGCUCAGGAACGGGAACUGCGGAAGCGGGAGAAGGCAGAAGAGAAGGAGCGUCGGAGAAAGGAGUAUGAUGCCCUCAAAGCAGCCAAGCGGGAACAGGAAAAGAAACCCAAGAAGGAAACAAAUCAGGCCCCAAAAUCUAAGUCUGGCUCCCGUCCCCGCAAGCCACCACCCCGAAAACACACUCGGUCCUGGGCCAUGCUGAAGCUGCUGCUGUUGCUGCUGGUCUGUGUGGCGGGCGGGCUGGUGGCUUGUCGGCUAACAGAGCUGCGGCAGCAGCCCCUCUGCACCAGCGUGAAUGCCCUCUAUGACAAUGCCAUCCAGGGUCUGCGCAGCCACGAGAUCCUCCAGUGGGUCCUCCAGGCCGAUUCUCAGCAGUGAGCUUUGUCCUCAACACCUGCUGCCUCCCCAGCCUUGGAGCUUGGAUUCCUAUGGAAUUGGGUUCUGCUGGACACAACCUCUUUUUAGCGUCAGACCUACCUGCCAUCACUAAAUGGCUGCUGAUUGAUACCUGAGACCUCCCCUUUGUAGAACUUCUUUGUUCCUUAGUCAGCGUUCCUUGGUGGAAUAAGGAAAAAUGGGAGGUUGGGGGGACAGUUAGCUGCAUGCCUAAAAGAGUAGGCUUGGGGGUGAGGAGAGGAAAAAACAGCCUUUUCUACUUGUCACACAAAGCUAUGUAAAGGCAAGGCUCGUUUCUGCUAAAUGGUCAGCUGUCACUACAUUUACACUUUUGUACGUCACAACCCCUUUCUUUCAUCCCUCCCUGGGUAGCCAGGGCAGAUCAGGAGGCAGUGUCUUUUUGGGGACCAGGGGGAACACCACACUCAGCAUUUCUAGCCUAAAUUUGGGGGUGGGAGGGUGGGCAUACCUGUUUUCUUAAGGACCUCAGACACUCAAGCAUUUAAGUGACCACCCAAAAUCUCAGGCUGUGAAAGGGGCUUCAAGACCAGCCAGUCCAAUAUGAUACUUGUAGGCAGAAACUGAGGCUUUCCAUGACUUGCCUACAAUUUCACAACUAGUUUGAGGAACUGGACUCCUACUCUGGUACCCUCUUUCUUUUACAUCAUUUUGCUUCCUUUAUAAUGUCUGAAAGAAUAGAAUUCACACCAGAAUUGAAUAUGUGUCAAAGUAUAGAAUCUUGCACAGCAAACAGAUUCCUGACUUACAAAUAGAAAUCUCAGUCACAAGGGUCUUGGGCAGCCAACUGGUGUGGUUCUGAUCAAACAGGAAGAGCCCAGACUUCUUGCCUCACUUUUAGAGUAUUAACUCCCUGGCUGCCGAUAAGCAAAGAGGCAGACACUUGCAGAACCACAUUAUGAGACUUCUCUGUCUGACGAUGGUGUGACUAAAUACCUCACAGGCAACCUCACCUCACAAGUUUAGACCUAUCACUAUACCUAUUCAACACAGGGAAGCAGGUAGCAUCAUGAAACUUAAAAGGGAUGCAUUCACUGUAAUGGCACAAAUAAAGGCAGGACUAUCCAUUCUUUCGUCUGCCAGAUUUGCGGCCUCCUUUGCUUCAUGUUUUUCACAACAUCUGGAUGAAGGGAUCAGAAAUGACUGUGUCGUGGUGCUUAUUCCCUAGAAAUUCCUGAUGGCAAACUCCCUACUUCUCCCCACAGAGCAAGAACCUGUCACAGCUCAGAGACAAAGGGGUCCGGGUUUUUAGCCCUGGUGGCUUGUGUGGGGAGGACUACCCCUCAUGACUGUCCUGACUGGAAGAAACAACUUUGCCCUUCUCUCUCCAAGGAGAGCUCUUCUGUAGGCCCACACCUUUCUCGAAUCAUUACUCAUUCCUUUAGUCUUCCUCCAAGCUCCAGAGCCAUUGGUACAAAUGCUUUAUUGAUAUAAACACGUAAAACAUAGGUCAGUACAGACAUCAGCCCCGGGAUCCUACGGUUCCUUUGCUGGUUGAGGCAGCCCAGUGGGUGAGUGAAUGGCUACAGUACACCCAGCCUAGUCAAGCCAACCCACUCACUCAGAUUUGAUGCUGAGGUUCUUUUGGAUUUCUACAAUCAUUAAACAUGUGUCUGAGUGG